AUGCCUAUCGAAGUCCCUCAAGCCAGCUCUCUCAAAGACCUCUUCAGUCUUAAAGACAAGGUCGUGGUCGUGACCGGCGCCUCCGGCCCCCGAGGAAUCGGCUACGAAGCCGCCCGGGGCUGUGCCGAAAUGGGCGGCAACAUCGCCAUCACAUACUUAUCGCGCCCCGAGGGCGCCGAAGCAAACGCCAAAGCCCUGCAAGAGGAGUUCGGAGUCAAAGCCAAGGCCUACAAAUGCGACACAGGCAAAUGGGACGAAGUGCAAGAGCUGGUCAAAAACGUGAUCACCGACUUUGGCAGGAUCGACUCCUUUAUCGCGAACGCGGGCCGUACUGCCGAUAAAGGUGUUCUCGAGGGCUCGGUUCAGGACUGGGACGAUGUCAUCCAGGCCGAUCUCAACUCGGUCUUUUACUGUGCGAAGGCUGUUGGCCCCCAUUUCAAGGAGCGCGGCAAGGGAAGCUUUGUGAUCACCGCUUCGAUGUCCGGCCACAUUGUCAAUUACCCUCAGGAGCAGACUUCGUACAAUGUCGCUAAGGCUGGGUGUAUUCACAUGGCUCGCUCGCUGGCGAAUGAGUGGAGGGAUUUUGCUCGUGUCAACAGUAUCUCGCCUGGAUACAUUAAUACCGGUUUGGGAGACUUUGUGCCUGCUGAUAUUCAGGAGGGUUGGAAUAAGAUGAUUCCUAUGGGUCGCCAGAGUGAUCCUAAGGAGUUGAAGGCGGCGUAUGUGUACUUUGCCAGUGAUGCUAGUACUUACACUACUGGUGCCGAUCUGCGCAUUGAUGGAGGUUACAUCUGCCGGUAA